AUGUCAUUAAGAACUGCUAACAAAGCUGUGAUGCAAGUAACUUUUGAAAUUUUUCUUCCAAUGUUAUUUCAUGUUACUGAGCUUCAUCUUAUAAUUGAUAGAAUGAAGAAAAGUGGUGACAGACACUUUAGUUUUGUGGACCUUUUUGUUUUUGAAAAUGGUGAUGACCUAUUGAUAUCAAAUAUUGUAUUAGAACUCAAAUAUAUUAUAAUUACUGGUCUUUUAAGUAGAGCACAGAGAUUCUGGAUAAAGAACCUAGACACAAAAAUUAUGAACCUGUUGGAUAAAGAUCUUGAGAAUGAGAAUGAAAAGCAGUUGCAACACAGAUAUAUCAAGACAAUUACAAAAGAGAUAGUGAAAAGUUUUACUGAUUCAGGUAUUUUAAAUUUGAGAAUCAUAGUUGAAAAAGGAUCAUCUAAAUUAAGAGGUUACCUUAUUAUGUCUAUAGGCACCUGUCAUAUACUAGUACAAUUAUAUGAGUCAGUAAUAAUAGAGUUCAAAUAUUAUAUGUUAUAG